AAUACAUGAUCCACUUUAGUCAGCGUAUCGCAUUUUUUCUUUAUUACCACUAAACAAAGGUAGGCCGAGCAUCCAUCUGGUCCGUCAACGGCGUGCUUAUUCACUUGUAAUCAAGAAUUCAAAUGGAGUCGCCGCAAUCUGUAUUCGAUUUCAGCGUCAAGAAGUUGCUGAUCUGUUACACUCGUGUGCUUGAUGCUAAAGGAAAUGAUGUGGGGCUAAGUAUUUACAGAGGCAAAGUAUUGCUAAUCGUCAAUGUUGCCUCGAAAUGUGGAAUGACCAAUUCAAACUACACUGAGUUAAAUCAGCUGUAUGAAAAAUACAGAGAUCAAGGCCUUGAGAUUUUGGCUUUUCCAUGCAAUCAGUUUGGUGAAGAAGAACCUGGAAGCAAUGACCAAAUUCUAGACUUUGUCUGCACUCGAUUCAAGUCAGAUUUUCCCAUCUUUGGUAAGAUCGAAGUGAAUGGCGAUGCUGCUGAUCCAUUGUACAAGUUCUUGAAGCUUGGCAAGUGGGGAAUCUUUGGGGACGACAUCCAGUGGAACUUCGCAAAGUUCUUGGUUGACAGAAAUGGGCAGCCCGUUGAUCGCUAUUACCCCACAACAUCGCCUCUCACAGUCGAGUGUUCUUUAUGAUUUAACUCCAGAGAGAUAUCAGAAAGCUCUUGGGACUCUUGUAACCGAUCAUUGGAGAAAUCAAUACGGUUUGCAGGCAUGUAACCUUCGAUGCUCGACUACUUCGUCGAUUCCAGUUUUAUGUAGUUUGUGGGUUCAACUCUGGAAGUUGUAAUUAUAUCUAACUGCUGCUUGUAAUAUUAUUGGAAGAAAAUGUGGUCCAGAACUCAUUUUCAUGGACCUGGGGACAGAAUUUCAGUAGUGUUUUCGAGCACCAAUGGUUUUCUGUUUUUUGGUUUUCAUGUUGGAUAAAUUUAUUUCUCGUGUAUAAAAAUUUUAAGGAUGAAGAUGUAAAUUAGUAGUAUUAUUAUCU